GGCGCAGGUGUUCAGUGACGUAGCGAGGAUGUGAAUAAGGGUGGCGUGUGCCUCUAGGAACAUGCAGACUAGUGGAGCUUGUAUCGGGAGAAGCAACUGACUAAAGUGAUCAGUACAGGAACAGACAUGACAAAUACUCUCUAACUUCACACAAGCAAAGAGGACAGACACUGCAAGGGCUUAGGUAUUUAAAAAGCUACUUGAAGCAAAGAGCGAUGGGCAUGAAAAACACAAUCCUGCGAUUAUGGUAGGCAUGUUUAUUUUUGGUGCUAAUGAUACUGUCCGCCACAAAUUGCAUUAGAUGCAUGGCAUAGAUGUUAGUUAACUAUACUGACAGCACUGCUCGUAAUCCCUUUUACAUGCGCCCAACCUGACGAGCGCAGUGUGGGUUUGUGUUUUUAGUGCAAACAGGCCGUGGCAUGGUGCAAGCAUUGCAAGCAUUGUUUGGUCAUUUAUGUUUUGGAAGAAGAAAUAGAAGGCUGAUCUUCGUGGCUCCGGGCUGUGUUGCUCUACCUCAGAACUGACAAAAACCUCUUGUGGAAUCUUCGUAUUUUGGGCCAGAAAAGGGGGAGAACGAGCGAAAGAGAGAAGGGGGUUGGUUUUCUUUACCUUCUUCCUCGUCUUCUUCUUCUUAUUCUUCUUCUUCACCACUCCAAUCGACCCAGAGGACCUCACAGCAGACAAGAACCAAAUCCCUUCUAGUGAAAUCCACCGUGUUGCAAAUCAGCAGAGACAGACAGAAAGCCCCGCCGAUUCCUGGGACUGGAUCCAAAGACGAUGGUGCACUGUGCUGGGUGCGAAAGACCCAUUCUGGACAGGUUUCUGCUCAAUGUUCUAGACCGAGCCUGGCACGUGAAGUGUGUGCAGUGCUGCGAGUGUAAAGGCAAUUUAACGGAGAAGUGUUUCUCGAGAGAAGGGAAACUCUAUUGCAAAAACGACUUCUUUAGGCGCUUUGGUACCAAGUGUGCGGGCUGUUCUCAGGGCAUCUCCCCGAGUGACCUGGUGCGGAGAGCCAGGAGCAAGGUGUUUCACUUGAACUGCUUCACUUGCAUGAUGUGCAACAAACAGCUCUCCACCGGAGAGGAACUCUACAUCAUCGACGAAAACAAAUUCGUGUGUAAAGAAGACUUCCAGAACAGCAGCAGCGGCAAAGAUAGCAAUCUCCUCUCAGUAACAGCCUGUAGCGACCCCAGCUUAUCUCCGGAUUCUCAAGACCAGUUGCACGAUGACGUUAAAGAUUCGGAAGGCACGACCCUUUCUGACAAAGAAGGCGGUAAUAACGAGAAUGACGACCAGAACCUGGGCGGAAAGCGACGCGGCCCCCGCACCACCAUUAAAGCCAAACAACUGGAGACCCUGAAAGCGGCGUUCGCGGCCACGCCCAAGCCCACCAGACACAUCCGGGAGCAGCUGGCACAGGAGACGGGGCUCAACAUGAGGGUCAUUCAGGUGUGGUUCCAAAACCGGCGUUCCAAAGAGCGGCGAAUGAAGCAGCUGAGCGCGCUGGGUGCCCGCAGGCACGCGUUCUUCCGCAGCCCUCGGAGGAUGAGAACCCUGGUGGACAGACUCGAGCCCGGGGAGUUAAUCCCCAACGGCCCCUUCACCUACUACGGAGAUUAUCAAACUGAAUACUACGGCCCUGGAAGCAACUAUGAUUUCUUCCCUCAAGGACCGCCUUCAUCCCAGGCUCAAACCCCGGUGGACCUUGCUUUCGUAUCUUCGUCCGGACCUACAGGCACCCCCCUGGGUGGGAUGGACCACCCCUUACCUGGUCACCACCCCUCCAGCGACUCCCAGCGCUUCUCCGACAUCCUUUCCCACCACCCUGGGGACUCCCCCAGCCCGGAGCCCGGCAUUCCCGGCCCGCUACACAGCAUCUCCUCGGAGGUGUUCGGCCCCAGCCCUCCUUUUACCUCACUCUCUAUGAAUGGAGGGUACGGCUUGUCACACGCGCAGGCAGAAAUGAACGAAGCCGCGGUGUGGUAGCCACACAGUGCCCCCCGACUGGCAGUGCUCAGCGCUGCCGGAUGACAUGUACACAUUUACCUUGGUAUUGUCCUGAUGUACAGUACAACGAAACUAAACUUAAUACGUAACUAUGUUCCUGCCCUGUGUUGUGUGGACUGACGGAUCUGGCAUGGGUUCAAGGCAGUGUGUGGUGUGAUGGGCUCAGAUUGUCAAGCUCCAGUCUGUUCCACGCACACCACAGGAGAAAGAAGUGCCAUGCUCAAGAGAGGGCUUUGGCUUUUUUGGGGGUUGGGGGACAGUACAGGUUAUGUCAAAGCCUGUAGACAGCUUUACAGAAGCCCAGGCAGAAUGGAUGUCUCUUGGCUUGGAAAAGUGCUUACAAGCGAGCUAGAAGCAACAAGGUCAUUUAUUCUCAACUCAACGUGUUCCUCGUAUUUAUUUGAAGAAUUCUCAAACCUCUUUGCCUUCUCUAGGCUCUGCCAUAUGAAAACUCUGGUCACAUUUUUGACAGUAGAUGUAUUUCCACAAGCCCGGGGUUGGGGAGGUGGGGGGGGG